AUGUCAGACAUCCGAGGUGAGCAGCGCCGGCUGCUGGCCCAGCUUCAGCACGCUCAAGACGUAAGCGAUUCCGCUCGUGGUCGAAUUCUCAAGAGCGAACUCGAAGAGUGGGAUCAUGUCGUAUCUCCCAAACUCCUCAAUGCAGCCAUCUCGCACAUUGGCAGGAGUCUUCGCAGCGUCGGCCUGGACGAGAUCGAUCAGGUGCUAGACCAACUACUCACCUACGAGGCCAACGAGCAAUCCAGGCGGAGUACAUCUCCGCACGACGGCUCGCCACCUUAUUCGGCAGGAACUUUGGAUCACUUGCGUACGGCCAUUUUGUCGCCCACUGUUCGAUCUGCGCUCAGCAAGAAGCGAGGCAAGCAACGCCAGCCGGAUUUUCCGGACCGGGCCAUCUACAACACCAUCCUCGACAUCAUUACACGCACAGUGCAUCGCAGCGCUACAAAUCGCCAUCCCACCUCGGAGCAAGCGCAAGCCUAUGGCCAAGAAGAGGAAGACGUUUUGUCCAAAUUCGCCGAGGAGCAGCUCGAGUCGCACUCCGCCGAGCUGCACGCUUCCAUUGCGACCAAACUGCGCCGCUUUGACCUGAAUGCAGAUGCGGUACCUCUGCAUGCGGACGCGCUGGAACGGGCAGACCGCCUCUUUCAUUCAGUCCUCGAACGAAUGCAGCGCAGAAGCGGGAUCGAGCCGGAUGGGAUUACGUUCAACAUCAUGGUGACCAUGUACUGCCUCUUGGGCCGAUGGGAGAUGGUGCAUCGUGUCAUCCGUGCUGCCAGUGACAAAGGCGCACUUCGGAUCGACUGCAUCAACAACGUACUGGGGCACUGGCUUGUGCGUGGUCCUGCUUCGAGAAAUGCACCUCGCAACGAUCAAGUCUCGGACGCAAACGCAAUCGACAGCGCUCUCGAGGUGUAUCGUCAGCUGCGACAGAAUUUAGUGCAUGCUGAGCUGACCUCGCAACACUCCUCGAUCCCUUACGGCAGGCGUGAGGUUGGCACUUACGAUGCGUCAGGCAGAGACAAGGAUAGCAGUAGCCGGGACGAGGUACUAGGACCGCUCGCCUGGCCAGAUCGAGACCAAGAGCCAUCCAAUCACUCGGCGCGCAGCUCGUCGAUGCCUUCCAAAAGCGAUGCUGUGGAGGCAAUCUUGGGUGUAGCGAACCUCCCACUGGAUUUGAUACCAGACGAGAUCACUCACUCUCUGAUGAUCAGCAGCCUGACGCGAGAAGGACGGUUUGCGGAUGCACUGAGUGUGUUCAAAGAUCUCGUUUCCACGCCAGUUCGUCGAAUCAACAAGGACACCGAUCCCAAGGCAAACAGCACGGAGACGGAAGAGAAGAAGAUGAAACCCACGCUAGCCAUCUUUGACAGCUUCUUCCGCGGCUUCUCGCGGCACGGCCGACCAAGCAGGGCAACUAGGUUUGAUGCUCAAGCCCCAGAGAACAGCACGUGGGCUCUCGUGACGAGCACGGAAGGAUCUGAAGCAGAACAGGUCGCCAAACCGGAAGCUUCACAACAGCAGCAGCAGAGCAAAGAUGGGCCUCACGCGCAGCAGCUGCAAAUGUGGAGAAUCGAGACGUUUCAGGAGAUCUUUGAUGCCUUUCUCCACUUUGAGCCGGAUGUCAGCCAAGUGCUGGGCGAGAGAGGAAGACGUCAUGGGCAAGGAGCAAGGAGGCAAGGCGCGAAGCGGCACAUUUCGACGCCGUUUGGCUGGCUGACGUUGGCCGAGAAGCGGAGAUUGGAUGGGCUGCGACGGUCGCCUUCAACGAAUCAGCUGUUUUGGAUCCUCACAGCUAUACGGAGGGUAAGCCACGACGAUGCCUCGUGGAGCCUGGCCAUGUGGGACAAGGUAAAGGACAAGUUUGAGCCAGAGCCUCGGUCGUCAUCCAGCAAGCUCGCGUGGGCCGGAUUUCGACUGGACAACCGGCUGCGUCGCGUGUUGGAUCACCUGAACGCUCGUCUAAGCCAGGAACCCGACGCAGAACAGGGGUAA